UCUGGCUCCAUCUCCUUGAUGAAGCCUGCAGGAGGAAGAGGAGGAGGAAGGAGGAGGAAGGCAGUAUUAAGGGGGAAUGACAACCGUCCGAGCUCCAUCUCCACCACCACCACCACCACCACCAUCAUCCUCAGCAUGUAUCCGAAAAAAGGCACACGCAACCGGCGAUGAACCGCCGCGGAUCAACGUCCGGGCAACAGCGGUAGAAGACGCAGAAGCAGCAGCAGAAGCAGUGACGCCGGUGAUGCGGACGCUCGGCCGGACGACGACGACGACGACGACGACCCCCGCCGAGUGAGGCCGCUCCCCUCGCCAAGAUGGCCCGCGUGGCGCGCGCCCUGGGUCUGAUCAUCCUGUGCGUGGCGGUGCUCAUCCUGUCGCUCAUCAGCUACGUUUCCCUGCGGAAGGACAGCCUCUUCGGGACGCCCGUCGGGGGGCCCAGGAUCAUGUUCCACGCCGGCUUCCGAUCUCAGUUCGCCAUGAAUUUCCUGGACCCAUCCUUCAUCCCACUGACCACUGCCUUGAACGAAGAGCUCCAGGGGAAGCCGUCCAAGUGGAAAUUCAACAGGACCGCCUUUUUCCAGCAGAGGAAGGACAUUUUCAACUACAUCGACAUUCCGCACAACUUCUCUCUGACCAAGAGCAGCGUCCGGGUGGGCCAGCUAAUGCACUUCGACUACUCCAGCCACAAGUACGUAUUCUCCAUCAGCAACAACUUCAAGUCCCUGCUGCCCGACGCUUCGCCCAUCCUGGACAAGCACUACGGCACGUGCGCGGUGGUGGGCAACAGCGGCAUCUUGACUGGCAGCCACUGCGGCUCCGAGAUCGACGGCGCCGACUUCGUCUUUCGCUGCAACUUCGCCCCGACUGAGGUGUACGCCAAGGAUGUGGGUCGCAAGACCAACCUGACCACCUUCAACCCCAGCAUCCUGGAGAGGUACUACAACAACCUGCUGACCAUCCAGGACCGUAACAACUUCUUCCUGCACCUGAAGAAGCUGGAGGGCGCCAUUCUGUGGAUUCCUGCUUUCUUCCUGCAUACAUCGGCCACCGUCACCCGCACCCUGGUGGACUUCUUUGUGGAACACAAAGGCCAGCUCAAGGUGGAGCUGGCCUGGCCUGGAAAUAUCAUGCACGAUGUCAACAAAUACUGGAAGACCAAGAACCUUUCCCCCAAGCGUCUGAGUACGGGCAUCCUCAUGUACACGUUGGCGUCGGCUAUGUGUGACGAGAUCCACCUGUACGGCUUCUGGCCAUUCGGCUGGGACCCCAAUACGGGCAAGGACCUGCCCUACCACUACUACGACAAGAAGGGCACAAAGUUCACCACCAAGUGGCAGGAGACCCACCAGCUGCCCAGCGAGUUCAAGCUGCUCUACCGGCUGCACCGCGAUGGCGUCAGCAAGCUGAGCCUGACACAUUGCAUGUAGAGGGGAGUCACAAGGGGAAGGGGAUUGCGCGUCACGCCGCGCCCGCAUUCCGCAUAGCCAGCGUUCAUGCUAAAUGUGCGCCUUGCUCGGUUUUGGUAUUGUUGUGUUAAGUAUUCCAGUCUGUCGCCUCCGUAAUGCUCCUUCGCAUGACUGCUGGCAGUGGCAAACACAGUGGACCCUCCACAAGGACAACACUAAACCCAACCCUCGAAUUGUUCAGUUACACCAUAGGAAACAACGGAAGUGGCAUGACACCAUUUUUCUUCCACACAGGAAAUGUUGCAAAAGUAUCUUUGCAACAUACAGAUUUUAACACCCACAAAACUCAAGACACCCGUAAGACAUGUCGUCCACCUAUUCUACCGGUCUAAAGUUAUCCACCCACUAUACUUUAACCACGUCUAAUGUCAUGUGCCAACUGCAGUCCACCCUUGGAGGGUAGAUCGUUCGAAUUCUGCAAAAUGUUUGGGAAAGGUGCCUCGAUGCAACCUUUACCAAAGGAAAGGAGAUACUGUAUAUUACCCACAAUCCUUUACGGCAGUAAUAUUAGGCCACUGCCCAAGUUUACAGACUACGCGAAAAUGUUCGAGCUAGAGACUUUAGAAAUAAUUAAAUAAAACUUUUAUUUUAAUAAAUAGUACAGAACGGUAUAUAAAAGCAAACAUAUUAAGAAUACAGUCUUCGUGAACAAUAGCAAUGUAAACAUACAAAUUUGCCUCAAUGAUUGGAAGACAAACAUUACUAUCCAUACAAAAAAAAACCCACUGUAAACACAAAAUAUAAAAUACAGAAACAUGAGCAAGGGAUGAAAUUUCGAGUGAGAUGGAAAAAGGACAGAAAAAGAAAAACAAGCUAGAGACAUUUUUUUUCCAUUAUUUAUUCAUGAAACAAAAGAUACAAACCCAAUUGCCAGAGGGUGACAUAAAAUUGGUGCCAAAAAGGCAGAUGAUCAUAUCACAAAAAUAAGAGAACAGAGAGCCAAUAUUUUAAUGACUUUUGCAGUGUCUAAGAGUCCUAAAAUAUUGCUUGAUUUAAUUUUAGUAUCUAUAUUUAUUAUUUGUAUAUUUCAAUCGUUGUAGAAACACUACAUGGGUAGAAUCUGUGAAUUAUUCCCCAAAAAUAUUUUAUUAGUAAGCAAGUAUUAUCCAAUAAAGUGAAAUACAUGUAUAUCAUUAAUUUAUACAAAUAUGAUAUAAAUAUGGAAACACGUGUGAAGCCUAAACAUUAAAUAUUGUAAUCUUUGGUUGCUCUGUGCUGAUAUCUUGUGGUUAAAGACAUUAAUAAGACUCAAAUAUUUUGCAGGUAAAGUCCAGAAGCUAGAAACUUUACAUUAGCAAGAUUUGUAGUUACGGUCAGUUAUGAAAAGUUGACGCGAAUUAAUUUGAAACAGGGCUGUCCUUUCCUAUGCUCAAAAGGAAGCACCUUUUCAUGUCUCUUUGACCCGAUUCCAAGAAAGUUUCAGGAAAGGUGGCAUAAAUGUUAGGAGAUCGGACUUUACGAAGAGGGAAUCUACCUACUUGUCUACAGGUGAUCCCCCCCCACCUGUCGAAAGUCAUCUGACCUCUACCCAAGUCUGAUGUCAUCUGCCUAUCAAACUUCACCCACCUGUCUAAAUUCAUGCGCCCACUAGACUCUGCACCAUCAAAAGUCAUCCACCUACUAGACUCUGCCCACCUGUCUAGUCUUUUACCCACUAGACUCUAUCCACUGGUCCAAACUCAUUCAACCACCAGACUCUGUCCACUUUUCUGAAUUCAUCCACCAACGAGACUGCCCAUUAGACUCGGCCCACCUCUCUUAAGUCAUCCAUUCACUAUACUCGGCCUUAUCUAAAAUCCCCUAACUAGACUCAGCCCACCUGUCAAAAGUAAUUUGCCCGAGAGACUCCACCCGUCUGUCCAAAGUCAUCCAUCCACGAUACUCUUUCCAUCAUGGCAUUUAUUUGGAAUAGAUGGGCAAACUGUUAGACUUUGGAGGUUCCACUAUAGUCCAAAUUGUGUUUUAAAAGCCUUGUGUUUAGUAUAUAAAAAAUAAAAAAUAAAAAAAAUCACUGCCUAAUCUCAGGGAAGGAGUUAGAUCAGUGUUUUAAAUCCCCAUUGGAUGCGUCCGAACAGAUGCGCUACCCUCUUUGGCCACAAGAUGAGGUGUCAGACAAGCUGCGCUACUCUUGUUUACAACACUUUAACAACAAUCCCAACAAGUCCCAAUUCUAAAACUUUUGGAUAAAUAAGUAACAUUCCAAAUAAUAAGCCAUAGAUUCACAGAGAGAGAGAGAUCAUAUAUAUAUAUAUAUAUUUACACACAGGAUGUUGUGAUUAUACUACUGAAUAUUGUCAAGUUUAGUGUCACUUUCUAAAAUAUAAGUCGUCUUCAGUCACGCUAGGUAACGUAAGGAAGAAUGUCACGGUAUGGCGACAAAAUAAUACCGCAGGAAAAAAAAGGCAGAUUUUCCAGAAAACAGUUGUAAUACUGUGAGAAUAAAGUCAUAGAAUAAAGUGGCAAUGACGAGGUAUAAGGAAAUAUUACAAGGGGAAAACAUUUUUAUUUAUUUCUUUUAAUAUAUUUUUUUCUAGCAAGAAUAAAGUCGUGAUUUUAACUAAGUAGUCGUGUUUUUUACAUCUUUUGUUGUUUCUCCAUACCAUUUUCCUGGUAAAAUUCUGACUUUUUUUUGUGAUAUCAAAACUUUACUAGUGUAACUUCAUGACUCUUGUCUCGAAUUAUUUUUUUAACUUUAUUCUUGUAAAAUUAUGACCUUUUUUCUUUUCCCUAAAAACACUACUAUUCUUGUAACAUUCCAACUUUUGUCUUUAGUAACGUUAGUAAAAAAAAAAAAAAUUGCGCAACUUUUUAAAAACAUACUAUUAGGACUUUAUUGAUAUAAGAUGUAACAGUACAAGUUUUUUAUCGCAAAAUUUUAACUUCAUUGUUGUAGCGUUGUGACUUGUCGAAAAAGUACAACUUCAUCGCCAAAUUGGGUCUUUUUUUUCUUCAAGAAUGCAAUUUUAUGCUAAAAAAUGUAUGACUUUUUUCCUGGAAACUAAAGGUUUAUUCUUGUAAAAUUAGGAUGUUCAUGUAAAAUUAAAACUUUUGUAAAAAGUAAAAUUCAAACUUUUUCCUAUAAUCACAAGUUUUUUUCUCGUCAAAAAUUCCAACUUUGUGACUUGGUAACGAUACGCUACCUAAGCGUGGCUAAAAUCUUAAGAAAAUACAACAUUUUGAACAGAUUCAAAUUUAACAUUUUUUAUUUCGGGUUUCACCGUGGCAACCGUCAACUAGAGUAUACACAUAAAAACAGAUUAUUAUGAGAGAUUUUAUUGCCUCGUGUCAUAAAGCAGACAACUUGCUGCACUGUUAUGAGAGCAUGUUCAACUCGAACCUCACGUUGCAUGCAAGAGGCACUAACAAUGUUUUAGAAUUCUUUAGUAGAACCUUCUUUUAACCUUGCUUUGCAUUGCUGACUGCAAGUUUCCUUAAGAAUAUUUCCAGUGACUGUAUAGUGAAUAAUAAGAUACUCUUUUGGAAAAGCCGUUUGAGCAUUUAUUCUAUAUCCUUAUAGCGUAAGGUCAAUGUACUGUACUAGUAUACUCUUUGUUCUCAUUAGUCAGACAAUUCAGUGCACUAGCAAAACGACUAGGGUGCACUAGUAGAACAACUUUUGAAAUACUACAAAUAGAAUCAUGCGUCAUGCGUGUACUAGGGGUUGAACCGACUACUCGACUUUACCCCUCCGUAAUGAGGGUUAGAGCUUGAGGUCAAUUAGUUGCCAAUCAUGGGUUUCGGCAACAGGAGGUGGGUUUUGCACAGCAAACUAGCAGGGGUGACUCAAGAGUGCGGAAAUAUUUUUGUUACAAAUGAGAUUGGGACCACGGCCACAAUAGAUUAAAGUCUAUUGCAGCCUUAAAUCCUCACGUCAGCAGUCAGUGAAUUCAUCAAACACCGUCCUGUAACAGUGAAAAGAAAAUAUAUUGAAGCGUCUUCUUAGAAAAUGAAAUAAAGACAAGCGGUGGUCAAUCAAUAACAUAUUGUAAAAAUUUACAUUAAUGUCACCAGACAAAACUUCUCACCCAAUCACAGUCACAGAAACCUUCUGAGUCUCUUUCACAGUCGGCUCUUAUAAAACUCUCACAACAAUCCAGGUAACAUAACUUCAAGUUUUCUACAAUACAUUGUUGAAUUUGAGAAAUCCAAUACAUCCUCUUGUAACUUUAACUGUGUCAUGUGAAUUGGUGUUAAAGUUUUACAAGCUCCGACAGUCUGCGAGGCUAUGACGGUAUCUGAAUGUGAUUGGAUGAGCGAGUGGUGUCUGAAUGUGAUUGGAUGAAUGAGUCAGAGUGGGGCCUGUACAACUGAGAACGGCGGGAAGAAUGAGUGAGCGAGCAUGUGGUUGGAUGCCCACACAGCAAGUUGAGAGUCUUUAAUCCAGCAGCAGUUGGUGAGAGGUGGAAGUCCAAUGUCCAAUAAUUGUAUUGCUUGAAUGUCUGGUGGUAUCAAGUUAAAGGCAGAACUAGAGUCAAUAAAAAGUAGCCUAGCAGAGUCGAGGCUGACAUUUUUCGGGAUUCCCACCGGAUCCAGUGGCAUUCCUGUGGGACGGGAGUGAAUUUCACCAUCAAUCACAGGAUUGGGCAGGAGGGGGAGCAAAGGUCAUCUGGAGCUAGCGGGAGCGGGAACUAUGAAAACAAAUGCACCGGGAAUGGACGGGAGUGGAAACCAUGGUGGUGGGAGUGAAAGCAUGAUGCAGUUAUAUUGUAUAUUGUAUUUCAUUUUAAAGCUAUAAUCCACAAAAUCUUUGUAAAAACAAACAAAAAAAAGUCAUGUUCACCCAAGCCGCCAUGAGAGGAGAUGACACAAUGCUGAUUAAGCCAUUCAGCUCCUCUAACAUCUUGCUGUAUUUGUCAGUAUCUUAUUUUUUACAUUUAGUGAAUGUCCUAUUCAUUUCUCGCGCUGGCUCGGUUGGUGGCGCAGUGCAAAUGACGGAAAUAACGGCACGGAAAUGACACGUCCUUCAAAACAGUAACAUUUUGUAGAAUCACAUAUAAGGGCCAUAACACGCAUUGCCUACGUCAUAUUGAAGCGCCGGCUCAGUUCUUUUGUUGGGGGGGUUACAUACUAUAGCUUUAAAUCAAAUCGAUAUUUGAAUUUCCCCUCAGCAUCGAGCCAAACAUAGCUAAACAUAAAUUUAUGUUUUGUUUCUUGAUCAUUCCGGUAAUUCAAUGUAUUUAUUAUGGUGAGUAAGGCAGACAUGUAAUGCAUAUUUCAUACCGAGGAGCAAAAAGUGAGCAGGAAUGACAGAGUAAACAAAAAUAUGUGGGGCGGGAGGGUUAGUAGUGGGAUUCUAUACAUUUUUGCUCAGGAUUGGGAUCAAUCUCUGUGGGAGUGGGGUUAUUUUUUUUUUAAACUCUGGAUUGGGUAGGAUUUUUUCAAAAAUGUGGUAUUGCGCGAGAUUUUACUUUUUUAAACAUUCGCGAUUUGUUGGUAUUUUUUUUUUUUUUUUAAACACCCGGGAUUGGGACGUAGUGUGAGCGAGUUAGAUUUUUUUACUUGGGAUUGGGAUCAACCACUGUGGGAGUGGGAGGGAGAAGGAGUCAGCAUCCACUCCUGUGACAGCCUCUAUAGCAGAGCGCCCCUGCUGUUCCAAGUGUGGGGUGGCAGUGUGGCGUCCUGUGACAAUGGCAUCUUCUGUCCAUCUGUUAGCUCUAUAUGCAAACUGGUGUGGGUCAAAUAUGGGUGGGGGACAGGAUGUGAUGCGAGGUCGGACCAGUUUCUCUAAACACUUCAUAAAAGUAGGUGUCAGAGCGACUGGUCAGAGGUCUUACUAGUGAGGACAAGUAGCAUGCUAGUACAUGGAUCUUAAACUAGAUAUCAAGGAUUCAGAAAAAAAGGCUUAAGGAGCUUUCAAAGUACUCCUGCUGUAUAGUUCAAACGGAACCAAACCUCAUGCAGUUCUGCUUCAUUUUGUCACAUUUCUUUUCUCCAAGUGUGUGUUUAUCAGAAACGGGGGACCACCCAAGCAAGUCGUCGGUGGUCUUUAAGAAGCUGGAGGACACAUGAUCGCGUGUCUCAUGACUGUGCGACUUGUCACAGGAUGUCGCGAGCACGCUCAGAUUGAUUUUUGGCUGUUGCUGUUGUUGACGCCUAGAAUCUUUUCCCAAACAAAAGCGUUUCUUGUCAUGUCAGACGAGGGGCUAUUUUGUUUAUUACUCUGUGUAGCUGAUGUCACGUGUACGAGGCGCUAACUGUGCAUGAAUGUCUGGGUGUCAGCACAUUAGGAAUGUACGCCAAAAAGAAUGUUUGAGGGAAAUAGUCUUGGGUUAGCUCUUAAAUGCCAAACUAAAACGUCAUCAAUCCAUGAGUUACCUCAGCCAAGCCUGAGAGCGCAAGGGUUUGUUCUUUUGACUUCUUAUGAAAUGCCAUAAUGUUUUGGCAUUGAAAAUAAAUACAAUAUGUAUUGUAUUUGGCCACCAUUUGAGGAAAUGUUCAUUUUUGUCGUUAAAGUCCGAUUGCACUGGGCCCAAAGAUAAAAAGUAAAAAUAAAUGCCCCCGGCGACUAUUUGAAGAAAUGUUUACUUUUGUCGUUACAGUCCACUUGCAUUGGGACCAAAGACAACAAGGAACAAUGAACACUUCCUCUCAAAUAAAUGUCCAUAUGUCCCCCAUUGAACAUGUCCCAUUAUUUCGUAUUAUCAAUUUGCCACCUGUCUGUACAUAAGUGCCACACAGAAGAAACUUUAUUCACAAGAUUUUUUUUCUUGUACUUUUUGCUACGUCUGCAUGGCUAACGCAAUUACGUGGACGCUUAUGAACAUGUCAUAUAUAUAAAAAAAUCAUCAAUGUCUUUGGGGGUUGUUUUGACCAAAAAAUCUGUAUAUUUAAAUGUCUUAUUUCACUGUAUUAUAAAUGUGUGCCUGCAUAUUAAUAUGUCCAAUAAAAAAUAUUUUUUUUCUUCCAA